AUGGGUGAUCAGGAUGGCUGCAGCCUCCCUACCUCAGAGAGGACGCCUCCCUCGACGUUGACUCGAAGUCCGAUUGUUUCUGAUCUCAAGACCUAUUUUAGGACUUCAGGUUCACCUGCGACGACUGCGGAUUACGAGAAUCAAGUAUCUUCUCCCCCACGGACUCCAGAGACCCUGCGAGGCGGAAACAGUACCAACAGCUCGCCCCCCGUUACAGCGAUCCGCCACGGACCAGCCAAUAGCGCCCGGUCUCCCACCAACAGCCCUUUACGGACGAAGCGUUUCGUCUUCAAGCGAAGGUCCUUACCAUCAACGCAUCAAGAAGGUGGCUCGCCGAAUUCACCAUCUAACGUCAGGACAUCCUCAUUAGUGGACGCAGGCCUCUGCCACCUUUACCCGACGAUCCCCAACCGCGACGACUACCUGUCCCACGAGGGGCACGAUCGUGACACCUUUUCGACCGACACACCUCGAUCGCCAGUCGCCCACGUGGACCAGCUCGAUCACGUCUUGGGAUUGUCCAUGCCUCCCCCGCCCCCGCAUGCGCAGAAUUUAGGAGCGAUGAACGGUAUGAACGGAGGUUCUAUACCCGCGGGCAUGGUUGGCAUGCCAACUCCCGCCGGACACCAGUCCGAGCUGAACUACAUCUACGGCCUUGUUGAGGAGCUCAGCAAACAGCUUGCCGAGAAUAGGCGACAGACUGAGGAGAUUGUCCUUGGUAUUGGACGUGUUCGAAAUAAGGCGCGAGCCCAGGCUCUCGGAAACGAAGAGCUUAUCAACGUCGCUUCGGAGGAAAUUAAUGGCCAAGAGAAGAACCUCGAUAACUUCGUCUCAAUCCUAACCGAGGCACUCGAGAAGGCUAAGUACAGUCGAGAUGCCAAUGCCGCCCUUUUGAACGACUACGCCCGCACCAUGGGCAACAUGGUUCGCCAACUCCACGAUUACAAGGCCAAUCAAGUCGAGGAAAUCGCCCGCUGGCACCGAUCCUAUCGCAACCAGCUCGCCGAGGAGCGCGAGGAGAACGCGCGCUUGCGAGAGCAGAUCUGGGAGAUGAACCACCGAGCGUCCCGCGCCAACCAGAUGCUGCGCGAGUUCAGGAACCGCUACGAGGAGAGCGAGGAGCGAUGGAAGCGUCGUGUCGAUCAUGUCGCCGUUCGCCAGGAGAUCCGUUUCUGGAAGCGAAUGGCCAUGCCGGAGAUUCCCGACGACGACCCUUACUGGAGUGAUGAUGACGACCUUAUCGAUAUCAAGGAGAAGAUGCGCCUUCGAGAGGUGGAGAAGCAGGCUAGGGAGCAGCAGGAGCAGAUGGCUGCGCAGGAGCAGGAAGAGGCUGAGGGCCUGGACCUCUUGCCCCCGAUUGGACAUCCGUCUCAAUCCGGCUCGUCUCAGGGUCAAUUCGGCGGUGUGGCCAUGCAGAGGGAUGAAGUUCCCGCACGACCUGAGAGUGCUGCUAGCACUGGUUCUUCUGGCCAGUAG